CCUGUCCAAUAUAUUCCCCCGCCAAUAUUCUCCCAACUCUCCUCCCCCUUCGAUUCGCCGGCGAAUAUGUAUCGCGGCCGCGAGCGGACAUCUCGCGGUGGCCGGCCCUCAUCUCGCGGUGAUUAUUCCAAUCAUAGUCACAGCCCUGCUGGGGAUUCUGGUGGAAAGUCUAACUAUACUCAGGAUGAUGGAAUGUUGGAAAGCCGAGGGAGACAAUUUCGUAACAUGUCUCGAAGUUGUUCAAGUUACUCUAAGCAUGGGCAUGCUGCUGUUUAUGAAUAUAGGCCGAAAACACCAUUGCCUUUUGGUACUGGAUUUCAAGGUCAAAAUGAUACUCCUAAAACCCGGGACACUCCAAAUGAGGCCCUUAAGGAUGAACUCUCAUCAGUUGAGGAUACUGAGAGCUGUGCAGCUAUACUGCAUCAUGAUCUAUCCAACAAGGUUAACAUCUCCGAUUCGGUAGACAAGUCCGAGAAAUCCGAACCAUCGCAAGAAAGGAGUCCCCAAAAUAGUUCAGUUAUCAAUGAUUCGAGUCUGGCUAAGUGCCAAGAUGUGAUUGAGCCUUUUGACAUUUGCUUGCCCAAAAUCGGAACUCCAGUCAUGCUCAAACCAUCUUUGCUUGUAAAGAAUAGAGAAAAGCGGAAUGAAAUGAAAAGAUCAACCGAAGGCCAAAUAGGAAACAUAUUGAGACCCGGAAUGGUGCUUCUAAAGAAAUAUCUGCCUAUAACUGAUCAGGUCAAAAUUGUAAGAGCUUGUCGAGCUCUUGGUUUAGGUUCUGGAGGUUUCUAUCAACCAGGCUACCGUGAUGGUGCGAAGUUGCAUUUGAGAAUGAUGUGCCUUGGCAAAAACUGGGAUCCAGAGACAGGUAUCUAUGGAGAUCUUCGGCCAAUCGACAGUUCUGUUCCCCCUGCUAUUCCUCGCGAAUUCUAUCAGUUGGUUGAGAAGGCAAUAAAAGAUUCGCAUUCCCUUAUUCAACAAAAGACUAAGGCUAGCCAUGCAGAAGACAGUCUCCCAUGGAUGUCACCAAAUAUCUGCAUUGUUAAUUUCUACUCGGAAAGUGGUCGAUUGGGGCUUCAUCAGGAUAAGGAUGAAAGCCCGAGAAGUCUACGUAAAGGAUUACCCGUGGUUUCCUUUUCCAUUGGAGAUGCAGCAGAAUUUUUAUAUGGUGACGAAAAGGAAGUCGAAAAAGCAGACAAGAUUGAACUCGAAUCUGGCGAUGUGCUUGUAUUUGGUGGUAAAUCUAGACACAUCUUUCAUGGCGUGACUGCAAUUAAGCAAAAAACUGCACCUGGAAAUCUCUUGGAGGAAACAAAUCUCCGUCCAGGUCGUCUAAAUCUGACUUUUAGAGAGGACUAAAAUCCUAGAUGCAAGCUUUUGUUUGACCAACUUUUAAUAAACAAAGAAGACAAGCUUUAAUGUUAACUUU